CGGGCUGCCGCCGCCGCCGCCGCCGCCGCCGAAUCCCCAACAAGGAGCGGAGCCCGCGGCCGCCGCCGCCACCCCCGCUGCCGGCCUCUGCCGCCCCCCGCCCGCCGGCGCCCGCGCAGGCCCGGCCGCGGCCCAGGCCUCGGGACCCUGGCCGAGUGACGCCCAGCCUGAGCGCCCCGCCGCUGGGCCAUGGCGACCCCCGACGUCAGCAUGCACAUGGAGGAGGUGGUGGUGGUGACGACGCCCGACACCGCGGUGGACGGUGGCCUGGAGGAGGUCAAGACGGUGCUGGUCACCACCAACCUGGCUGCGCACGGGGGCGACCUGAGCGCGGACAACAUGGAGACGGAGAACGCGGCGGCCGCGGCGGCGGCUGCCUUCACAGCGUCCUCGCAGCUCAAGGAAGCCGUGCUAGUGAAGAUGGCCGAGGAGGGGGAGAGCCUAGAGGCUGAGGUCUUGUACCCCAUCACCUGCGGGGACAGCAGAGCCAACCUCAUCUGGAGGAAGUUCGUGUGCCCCGGCAUCAACGUCAAGUGUGUGCAGUACGACGAGCACGUCAUCAGCCCCAAGGAGUUCGUGCACCUGGCCGGCAAGUCCACCCUGAAGGACUGGAAGAGGGCCAUCCGGAUGAACGGCAUCAUGCUCAGGAAGAUCAUGGACUCCGGGGAGCUGGACUUCUACCAGCACGACAAGGUCUGCUCCAACACCUGCCGCAGCACCAAGAUCGACCUGUCGGGCGCCCGCGUGCCCCUGAGCAGCCCCACGUCGGCCGAGUACCUGCCGCUCACGCCCGCCGCCGCCGAUGUGAACGGGUCUUCGGCCACCAUCACCAUAGAGACCUGCGAGGACCCCGGUGACUGGACCACGGCCAUCGGAGACGACACGUUUGCCUUCUGGCGGGGGCUCAAGGACGCCGGCCUGCUGGACGAGGUCAUACAGGAGCUGCACCAGGAGAUGGCAGGCGCCAUGAAGGGCCUGCAGCAGCGGGCGCAGGCCCCGCCCCUGCAGCUCCGGGACGCCAUCCUGCUGAACAACAUCGUGCAGAACUUCGGCAUGCUGGACCUGGUGAAGAAGGUGCUGGCCGGCCACAAGUGCCAGAUGGACCGCUCGCGGGAGCAGUACGCCCGCGACCUGGCCGCGCUGGAGCAGCAGUGUGACGAGCACCGCCGGCGGGCCAAGGAGCUCAAGCACAAGUCCCAGCACCUCAGCAACGUGCUCAUGACGCUGACGCCGGUGUCCCUGCCGCCCCCCGCGAAGCGGCCCCGGCUCGCGCGCGCCACGUCCGGGCCGGCCGCCAUCGCCUCGCAGGUGCUCGCGCAGUCCGCCCAGAUCGCCCUCGGCCCGGGCCUGCCCGUCGCGCAGCUGGCCGGCGUGCCGCUCGGCAAGGUGGUGUCCGCGCUGCCGUCCCCCGCGCUGGGCAAGAGCUGCGCCCCGGCGGCCCCCGCCAGCUCCCCCGCCUCGCCGCUGCUCGGGGGCUACACGGUGCUGGCCUCGUCCGGCGCCUCCUUCCCUGGCACCGUGGAGAUCCACCCGGACGCGUCCAGCCUCACGGUCCUGAGUGCGGCCGCCGUGCAGGACGGCGGCACUGUGGUCAAGGUGGUCAGCCCCCUGCAGCUGCUCACCCUGCCCGGCCUGGGCCCCACGCUGCAGAACGUGGCGCAGGUGUCACCCGGGGGCAGCACCAUCGUGACAGUGCCCACGGGGGCCGUGGAGAGCGCCGUGGUGGCCUCGGCGCCCGAGGAGCACGCGGCCGCCAUCGAGGUGGCCGCCGUGGCCGAGGGUCAGGAGCACAAGUAGCUGCCGGCGGAGGCGAGGCCCGUUGCGGGCGGGCGACCGGCCCUCUCCCGGGUCGCGGGGCGCCAUGUGGGGCUGCCGAACCA